AUGGCCUCGAACGACGACGAUACCGCCGCCCUUUAUGCUCCUACACCCGACCCUGUCUUGAAUAGCAAACUCUUUAGUCUGGAGAUGAGCAUCAUCAGCGCACAGCAACACCUGAGGAACCACUACAUGAACCGAAUCAGCCAGCUUGAUCCGUCCCGGCCUGAGUUCCAUGGCAUGGUGCAGCUUGCCCUCUUUCUGCUGGGACACAGUAUGUCACACCUUCAACGUCUCUACGAGUUCACUGUCCGAUCGUAUUAUGAAGAGGCUGGGAUUCCGUAUCUCCAUUCCUAA